AUGCCUCCAAAACGUUCCAGACGUGUGCCUGCCCGCAAGGUAUCUAGAGCUUGUAUUCAUUGUCGGAAUGCGCAUAUUACAUGUGAUGAGGGACGGCCCUGCAAAAGGUGUGUGAAGAAAGGAUUGGCGGACACAUGUGUUGAUGCGCCCAGGAAAACAAGGAAGUAUCUUUUGCCAGGGGAAGACGAAAUAGCAAGUGUGUCAAUGAUGACGACGCAGUCUCUUCCCGCAAUUCCAUCAACAUCGUCAUUCAAUGUUGGCGUACCACAAUUUAAUAUGAUGACUUCAAUGACAAAUGUGCCGAUAAAUGGUGAUGGAGCAAAGUUCAGCCAAAGAGGUAUUGUUAACUUCAAUUCUGCGUCCUCCAAUCUGAACAAUACUAAUAUUAGUGACAAUAACAAUAACAGUAAGAACAAUAGUAUCGUUAGUAAUAAUGAAUACAACCUCUUGCGAAUACCUUCAAUGUCAGACGGAUUUAUGAAGCCCAUGCGUAAUGAAGAGCGUCGAAAAUCGUCUCAUACAGCGCCAUCUGUUACAUCCGAAGAUAUCAAUUUUUUGUCAUCUGCUGCUGACUCGGAGUAUGCGAUCCUAGGUAACAUUAUAGAUCAAGAUCCCAAUGGUCCCACUCUACUAAACUCUAAAUUUGUUAGUCCUGCUUUAAGCGCUGCGAACUCCGAAGAAUUGGAAUACUUAAACUACCAACCGUUGAUGCAAGAAAGCAGGAGUCGUACGGCAAGUCCGUUUGUAAAACCCCUACAACCUAUUGAUAUGAAUUUCGACAGCAAUAAAAAUGACAAUGUUAGUGGAAAUGGUAACUCUGCAAAUGACACUCAACAAGGUGAGGAUUCUAAAUUGACAAACCUUUAUCCGGAUAUGCCACAUUGCGAUGCAAAUACAAAUCAGUAUUAUAUAGGCACAAUGGCUACUAUUGACGGUGUUAAAACACAUACAUUUCCUGAUGUCGUCAAACAGAUAUCUAAGUUUAAGAGAGAGCACCCACAAAAAUUUCGAGAGAGAAACAAAAGAAGUGCAAUUUCUUUUAGUAUCGGAGUGUUAGAAGAUAGCAACUAUACUCCUGAACUGGAAGCUGAAAUAACUGCAAAUGUUAAAAUUGAGGAAGAUGGAGAGAAGGUCAGUAAAUGUGGCUUGCUAUACCAAGAACCCAGUGAGAUUUACGAGAAGGUGAAAUCUCCAUUUGCUUAUGUGAAACCAUAUCAUGAAUUGAAUAUGUAUCUAAAGAAGAGAUUUUCAAAGGAGAAUUUGGUUCAAGUUUCAAAGAGUAUUGCAGAAUAUCGACCUAGUUUUAUUGCAGGUAUGAUCAAAUUGAAAGAGGAUGACUUGAUUUUUGCUGAGCAAUGUUUCCAGCGAACACUUCUUGAAUAUGAAUCAUAUAUUGGGAUUAGUGGCACUCCUAUAUUAGUUUGGCGACGUACGUCUCAAAUAGCAUAUGUUGGAGACGAAUUUUGUAUAUUAACUGGCUGGUCGAAGGAAGACCUGUUAAGCAAGUCUACAUUUGCUGUAGAGAUAAUGGAUGACAAAAGUUGUGUGGAGUAUUUUAAGAUAUUCUCCAAGAUAGCCUUUGGUGAUUUAUCAGGAGAUAUAAUGACUGAGUGUACAUUGCUAACUCCAAAGGGUGAAAGUAUUCGGACUAGUAGUACGUGGACUCUUAAAAGGGAUGUAUUUGGCAUUCCAAUGAUGAUCAUAGCUACGUUUCUACCGAUACUCACUUAG